UCACCAACAGACAUCUCAUCUCCGAAAGAACACUGAGCGGAGAUCGAUGGUGUGAGGUAAAUGAUAGGGGGUCACCCUCCUUUCAGCUCCUUCAAGCAAUUUUCAGCAGAAUGGAAAGUAUGAGUGAGCUUCAAAACCCACUGCUGGCCAACAGCAAUGGGCACCUUCAUGGCAGCUACUCUUACCACCAGCAUCACAACCAGGAUUACCCUAGUCACCGCUGCCAGGGAAAACUGUACUCCUACUUCUUUCAAAACACUGGCACUGCCAGGACUCACCAGCUGCUGGAUGCCAGUUCUCUGCAGCUGGCUGUAGAAGCAUUGUAUGGCCCCAACUUCAUCCUGGUGAAGGAUGAGGCUAACCUCAAAGCCAAGGACAAGGGGGAGAGCUGUGAAACAACCUUUGUGGAAAACAAAGAGGCACCCUCCGAGGCUCCAGACGGGCGAGAAGUACAAGGGCCAUGCCUGAUGGAGAGUGAUAUCAGAAUCCAAACCGUAUCCUAUGAGGUAGAGGAAGAGGAAUUACAGGAAUAUGAGAGUGACUCCUCCAGUGACAGUGAGAGUGAGGACCAUUUCCUGAUGCUUCCCCCACAAGACCACCUUGGUUUGGCCAUUUUUUCAAUGCUCUGCUGCUUCUGGCCUCUGGGGAUUGCCGCCUUCUACUUCUCCCAAGGGACCAGUAAAGCUGUCUCCAAAGGGGAUUUCCACAUGGCAAGUUCAGCUUCCCGGAGGGCUCUCUUCCUUGCUGCACUCUCUAUAACCAUUGGCACGGGGGUAUAUAUUGGUGUGAUUGUAGCACUGGUUGCUUACCUAUCCAAAAGUGGCCAUGUAUAGCACAGACCUUCUUGCCAAAGCUCUUGCACUCUGUGCCCAAUGGCCAACCAUACUGGGACUCAGACUUUCAUAUGGGGCAAUGGACAUGAUGCUUGCAAGGGCUGUUGAAUAGCUUCAUCAGUGGUGGGACCUCACCUGAAAGUAGACUACAGACCGUUUCCCAUUCAGAUGACCAACACUCUACUCUCCUUUAAACCUGGUGAACGACAGCCCCCUAGCAAAGAAUUUGGUGUGGGCAGAAAGUCCUGGAUUCUGAGACUGAGAAGAUCAUAUUUCACUCUUGGAAGAAGGUGAAAGAGAUAUUACUACUUCAGCUGCAGAGCCUGGUGCAGCCACUCCCAGUUUCCAAGACAAUCUGCCCAUGCUCUAGUCCUGCCGUGUAGAAUUCUUCCACCUAUGGUAUCACAACCCUUAUCUAUCUUUGGGGCACAUGGGAAAGAGCAGGAAUAAGCCUGUAGGGAUUUUAUUUGUUGCUCAUGCUUUUGGGAGAUAAGAGUCACAGUCUCUUUGGAGAAAAUGUUUGUCAGGAGCUUGCUCUUGUGCUAGGGAAAUCAUUCACUAUCUAGUGCCAAAGGUCAGCCACUGCCCCUUGAGCUGCAACAAAGCAGAGCCUUCACUACAGAGCAAGCUCUGGGCUUCCCCCUGUGUAGCCUCAGCAGAAAGUUCUGGACUCAGGCUUUAUCCUUGUCACAUUCUGCUGAUCCAUGGCUCAGCCCAGACUUUGAACGUCACAGUGUUAAACAAGAUGAUGAAUAUUUGUUUGAUUGGUAAUUACGCACACCGUUUUACAUGCUGACCCUGGUUGAGUAGGCUCUUGAGAUUCUUCUAUAUUGUUGUUCUACAGCAACGAAGAGGGGCACACCAGUGCCCUGCCCUGUUAGAUUAUGUGAAGAGAGAAAGUUAGAGCCCCUGCUCCAAAAGCUUUUCAUCUAAACAGACAAGGGAGGGAAGGGAAGCAGGAGCAGAGAGAGCUGAGUGAUGGGCCCACAGCCACAUGGCAUGUCAGUGGCUGAGCUGGGAACAGGGCCCCAGUGCAGAAGGCUGUCCCCUAGAUCAGGCUGCUUCAUCUGCAACUUUGUUCCUGAGGGGGUAAAAAAACCCCAACAAAACAAAACACCAAGCAUUGCCAUUCUGGGGAAGCCACAGGGGAAAAUGGUUCCCUCUGUCCCAGUGCUUCUGCUUCACAGGAAGCUAGCAACCCAUCCCUCAGAACUAAGAGUACUAAUUAGGGUGUGAACAAAAAGCCAGUGUUACAUCUGUGUUGAGCAGAGCCUAUGAACAAGGACAAAGUCCAGAGCAAGGAAAAAAAAAUAUUUUGAAUAUGGAAAGGGAACAACCAGUAAUGAAGGCUAUCCCUCCCCCAACACUGAGGAACUGGGCACUUCUAACACAAGACCCUAUGUCACCAUAGCAACGAGCUACGGUGAUGUAGCUUGUCGCUACAGCAAUGUAGCUUGUCGCUACAGCAACACAGCACAAACCACGCCACCAAGGCUAACUGCGCAGCAGCAGGGCUGGACACAGACAUGGGUG